AUGAGAGUGUUCAAAAAUUCGUCAUUUUUGCUGAGCACAAAUUGCGUCAGAAAUGCAAGUGAAGACUUGAAAUCGAAAGUGAAAGCACAUGAAACGGUUUGUGCGAUACAAGUUAGUCGUAAAGCAGGUAGCGAAGUGAAAACAACAAGAGGAUUCGUAUGUAAUGUCACCAGUUUCGCUGUGAUGAUUGAUCAUUUUUUGUGGAAAACAUUUUUCUCGAGUAGCCCUACUCUAAUUACCGAAGCACUUUUGAGAAUGGUUCGUUUUGAGGGAUGCGUGCGGCUGUGCGUCGCGGUGGCUGAACAACCGCGAAGCACUGCCACUUUCAAUAACUUUUUGUACAAUUUUUCACUGUACGACUCUUUGAAGAGCACGAAAAUAACCCAAAGUUCAAGAAUUUUCUGAAAAUCUCGAUUUUGAGAGCCGAUAACUCAUGUUAGAGAGAAAUUUAUCAAAAAUUGAGUACAGGACAAUGUCCAGAAGGGUCGAUUCGGUAGAAUAUCGAUUUUCCAACCAAAAAUUAGUUAAUCUAAUGUCUGGAACAAACAAUUUUUGGUUGGAAAAUCAAUAUUUCACCAAAUCGACCCUUCUGAACAUCGCCCUAUACUCAAUUUUUGAUAAAAUCUUCUCUAACAUGAGUUAUUGGCUCUUAAAACCGCGAAUUUUCAGAAAAUUUGGCCUAUUUUUGUGCUCUUCAGAGAGUCGCGCAGUGAAAAAUUGAACACGGGACAUUUCCCAGCGUGAAAAACUUGAAAUUUUCCUAAAGGUUUUGAAAUUUCUAGAAAAAACCAUUAUUUUCAGGACAAAAUCAAUCAAAACUACCAAAAGCAUGAAGAAUUUCACGAAAAACACGGAGCCGAUGGAGACGAAAUUUCAUCCUACACUUCCUGGAUUCUUCUAUUUUCCACCUAUAUCAUUUUCUUCAUUCUAACUAUGUUACAAUUUAAUUUUAAUAAUGAUGGAAUUAUGUAUUAA